AUGCUUAGAAGUAGUCUAAUCGGAAGGAGUAUCCGUCGAUUAUCGACAAAUGUGGAAUUUGCCAAUCCAAACAUUCAAAUGACUACACUUCAAAAUGGUCUUAGAAUUGUCUCUGACUCUACUCCAGGUCACUUCUCUGCGUUAGGAAUGUACGUAGAUGCUGGAUCCAGGUAUGAAAAUCCCCAAAAGCCAGGGGUUUCCCAUAUUUUCGACAGAUUGGCAUGGAAAUCGACUCAGAAGUAUUCUGGACUUGAGAUGAUGGAAAACUUGGCUAAAGUCGGUGGCAACUACAUCUGCUCUUCCCAAAGAGAAUCAAUGUUGUAUCAGGCGUCAGUUUUCAACACUGAUGUAGACAAAAUGUUCGAUUACAUGUCUCAAACGGUUAGAGAACCCAAAAUUACAGACUUGGAAUUCCAAGAAACCUUACAAACUGUAGCCUUUGAAGUGCAAAGCUUGCAGGAUAAGUACGAUGUGAGACUACCAGAAACAUUGCACAGUGUGGCAUACAAAGACAAUACUUUGGGGUUGCCUUUAUUUUGCCCGGAAGACAGAAUCCUUCAAGUAGACCAAAGUGAAGUCUUAGAAUACCACAAGAAAUUCUAUCAACCCCAAAAUAUUGUAGUGGCCAUGAUCGGUGUUGAACAUGAGAGAGCUGUACAAAUGGCAAUGUCGCAACUUGGUGACUGGAAACCUACUACCAGGGGAAGACCAUCACUCGGUACUAUCAAGUAUACCGGCGGGACACAGUACUUGCCCCAUCAACCUCCUCAAAACUCCUACUUGCCCUCACUCUACCACAUGCAAGUUGGAUUUGAAACGACCGGAUUAUUGAGCGACGACUUGUAUGCACUUGCUACUUUACAAAAGUUACUCGGUGGAGGUUCAUCUUUCUCUGCUGGUGGUCCAGGUAAAGGAAUGUUCUCCAGAUUAUUCACGAGGGUCCUCAACCAACAUGCAUUUGUUGAAAACUGUCUGGCCUUCAAUCAUUCAUACAUAGACUCCGGUAUCUUCGGUAUAACUGUCUCAGUUCUUCCAGAGUAUGGCCAGUACAUGCCAGAUAUAAUAUGCAGAGAGUUCGUGGAAUUAUUGGAUACUCAAAGCAAGAAUGGAAUCACAGAGCAAGAAUUGCAAAGAGCUAAGAACCAACUUAUCAGUUCAUUGCUUAUGAAUGUUGAGCUGAAACUCCUGGCAUUAGAAGAUUUGGGAAGGCAAAUUCAGUGCCAGGGUAAGUUAACCACCAUUGAUGAAAUGGUCAACAAAAUUGAAAACUUAUCUGUGAAAGAUGUUAGAGAUGUCGCAUACAAGGUGUUGACAGGAAAUGUGGUUACAAAGGGAGUAAGCUCGGGAAAACCAAGUGUUGUGGUACAAGGUGACGAGAAUGUUAUCGGUGAUGUCGAUAAAACCAUUAGUGCUUGUGGCUUGGGCAAAUAG